AGCAGGCUAUGGGCGGGACUGAGUCAGAGGGGCCAUGUGGGAGGAGGAGAUGGGAGGAUCUCCGGGACAGAUGGCGGGUUUCCGCUUCCCUCCAGAGCGGUGGGUGAGGCAGUGAGACCAAGGCUCGACCAGAGAGCGCCGCUAUGUGGCCCCCGGACGCAGAGCCAGAGCCCGAUCCGGAGUCCACGCACGGCCCCCGAAGUGGCAGGACAGUGCCGGGGCUGCGAGCCCUGCUGCCGGCGCGCGCCUUCCUCUGCUCUCUCAAAGGCCGCCUCCUGCUGGCCGAGUCGGGUCUUUCAUUCAUUACCUUCAUCUGCUACGUGGUGUCCUCUGCAUCCGCCUUCCUCACAGUGCCUCUGCUGGAGUUCCUGCUGGCUGUUUACUUCCUCUUUGCUGACGCCAUGCAGCUGAAUGACAAGUGGCAGGGCUUGUGCUGGCCCAUGAUGGACUUCCUGCGCUGUGUCACCGCUGCUCUUAUCUACUUCGUCAUCUCCAUCACUGCUGUUGCCAAAUACUCAGAUGGGGCUUACAAAGCAGCUGGAGUUUUUGGCUUUUUUGCCACAAUUGUGUUCGCAAUUGACUUCUACCUGAUCUUUAAUGAAGUGGCCAAAUUCCUCAAGCAAGGAGACUCUGGGAAUGAGGCCACCACCCAUAGGACAGAAGAAGAGAACUCCAACUCUGACUCAGACUCUGACUGAAGGCCUAUCUGCGCGUGACAACUGGAGCCACUCGGCCCUCCCUCCCAUGCUGUCCUGAAGGAGCUACAGGAGCAUGGCAGGGAGUGCUCACGGGAGAGCAGACAGGGAGCCUGUGUCUCUCGAGGUGACACUCCCGAGGCCUCACAUCCUAAACUGGCUGUGUUGGCUUGGCCAACUCACUCUUGGAAUCCUCACCUUGGAAUUCCACACGAGCUAGCAUGGUAGGGCAUGUUGGCCUCUCCUUCUUUCUCCUUUCUGUCCUCGAGCCCCUUUAACCUCACUGCCCCACAGAAGCACACAUCAGACGGAGCCAGUCUCUGCAGUUCAUGUGGCAGCAUGGGGUGGGGGCGGGACUUCCUUUUACUAACAAGGACAGAUAAAACCACAGCAGGCUGGGCCGCCAGCCCCAGCCUGCACUUCGUUGAGAUAA